GUUUUUUGUUUACAAACAACGUGGUCGCGGAAAACCGGCAAUUGGCGAUGGCAAUUGUAUUCCGCUGUGAAAAUUCACUCUUCCUCAGCCAUAAGGAGCUCAUUGACUCCCAUUAUCGAGGAACUUAUGAGGUAAAAAAAGAGCUAUUCGAGAUUAAUCGCCCGUUCGUGGAAAGCAAUGAUAGUGCCACCAGUAGUAGCAAUCCAAAGCGGAAACGGAGGAAGUUAAGCAAACAGGAAGGCAACAACGAAUUUGAACAACGACUGAAGGAAUUUGUGGGGAAAUGCAGGGAAGCUGGUCAUCUGGAGAAAUCGGAUGAUUCAGCGACAAAUGCGAGUGCUCUCGAGGAAGCCAGUAAAGUCCACAAUCUGGGUAUUUCCCACCCGAUCUUGCAGGGUGAGAACAAGAAUCUACAGUGCAUUAGCACGAAAAUCGACGAGCAAGAAUAUCUCAUUCCGCCAGAGUGUCGAUUCCACCAGAAUGAUGUGAGACAAAUGGAGAGUUUUCUGCCUCUUGGGGAGGAGUUUGACCUCGUUGUGAUGGAUCCGCCGUGGUGGAAUAAGUACAUUCGACGCGUGCGGAGGGCCAACAAAAGUAUCAGCUACAAUAUGCUGUUCAACGACGAUGUGGCUGAUAUGCCGCUGGGGCGAUUGACCUCCUGUCGCGCAAUCGUGGCAAUUUGGUGCACAAACAACAAGAGUCACCUGGAGGACGUGGCGACAAAGUUCAUUCCCCGCUGGGGCCUCAAACUCAUCACCCAGUGGCUGUGGAUGAAGGUCACGAAGCAGGGAGAGCCAAUCUGCAGCUUCGGCGAGGAGGAGAAGAAGCAGCCUUUCGAGAGAAUCAUCGUGGCGGCGAAGGACACGCCAGAGAACACUUCACUGAUUGAGAAAAUUCCCAGGGAUCUGAUGCUAGUCAGCAUUCCCAGUUCCAUUCACUCCCACAAACCUCCUCUCUUGGAUAUCUUCAAGUCAUUUCUUCCUCCGGAGCCGAAAUGCCUGGAAAUCUUCGCGAGAUACCUAACUCCAGGAUUCGCAUCUGUGGGCUUGGAAGUGCUGAAACUCCAGCAUGUAAGUUUGUUUAAUAAACUCGAUAUUUAUUAA